AUGUACUGGCUGCAAAGAAUCACCGUAGGGGUCGCAUUGGUGUUUCCCUUUCUCUUGGCAGCUGAAUACGAUAACACCUGCCCCUUGCUGAGCCAAUGCUCAGACCACCUUCUUCACUUGGUCUCUUGGGCAGCCUGGCCAGUGGCACAGAAGGAGCUGAUCGCCCCCAAGGCAUGUCAAAGGCGGACCUGGCCAACCAAUGCUCCCAAGGUUCUCUGGAGCUUUCAGCCAGUCUGCAAUGACAAGCUCACUGGUUUGCACCCACUAAUUGGCAUACCAAGCUGUAACACCAGCAGUCUGAGGAGCCUAGCGUGCGACCAGGAGUCAACUCAGACAUGGUGGACACGGUCAGGCGUCUCAUGGGGACCAAGAGUUGCUGAAGGCAAGGUUGACAAGCUUGACUCCACUUGUGCUGCACGCAAAGGCCAAGUGAAGGUGCAUGAUGGCUUUCUCCACUUGUGCUGCACGCAAAGGUUGCAAUCAGCUCUUGACAGCCAACAAACAUACCAGCCUGAGCCCCACAUGGACAAGCCUGUACCUCUUCCCUUGACGUCCCUUUGGCGCAAAAGGUCGACAAUCCAGUCCUUCUUCAAAAGGGAGGGGACCUUCAUUGUGUUGAUCGCCUGA